CCAAUGAUUUGCUAAAAAUAUUCAUCGUGAAGUUUCUGGAUCUCUCUGACCCGUAACCACAAUUGUAACUACAACCACACACCGGCUUCUGGUGGCAUUUUAGGCCAAAAGCAAUCCCGUAAUUGUAUGCUUUGCCUGGGCACGAUCCACCUGAUUCUUCCAAACAACCUAUCAGGUACAAAAAGUUUCAUCAUGAGCUUCGUUGGUUUGGAGAAGCGAGAAGAUGCAAGAGAUUUGCUUACAGAAGAUAUCCAUAAUCUUCUAAAAACAGCACCAGAGAACAAGAAACAGAAAUAUGAACAAAAUUUUAAAGGAUUUGAAGAGCUUUUUGGAAGAUUUGUUGAAGACAAAGGACAAGGCUUAGUUUGGGAUGACAUAAGUCCACCUCCUGAAUCCAUGAUCAGAAAAUACAAGGAUAUUGAGCUAGAGUCUUAUAAACCCAGUGAUGUCAAGAAGUUGUUGGAUAAGCUGGUUGUUUUGAAACUCAAUGGUGGUCUUGGAACUAGCAUGGGCUGCAAAGGACCCAAAAGCUUGAUUUCAGUUAGAAAUGAUAAUACUUUUCUGGAUCUGACAGUCCAACAGAUUGAGAAUCUAAAUAAAAAGUAUGAUUGUGAUAUUCCUUUGGUGCUCAUGAACUCGUUCAACACAGAUAAAGAUACCCAGAAAUCUCUACGCAAAUAUGGAUCAUGCCGUGUGAAAAUAUUCUCAUUUGAACAAAGUCAGUUUCCAAGAAUAAGCAAAGACUCACUUCGCCCAAUUGUUGCUGAUCUGAAUUCUGAAGAUCUGGAGCACUGGUAUCCUCCUGGUCAUGGUGAUACUUAUGACUCUUUUGCCAAUUCAGGCUUGCUAGAUAUGUUCAUUCGAGAGGGGAAGGAAUUUGUUUUUGUAUCAAACAUUGACAAUUUAGGUGCCACAAUUGACCUCAAUAUUUUGAACUUCUUGAUUAAUCAACCUGACGACAGCAAUCCUUGUGAAUUUGUCAUGGAAGUCACAGACAAAACUAUGGCAGAUGUCAAGGGUGGCACUCUGAUCAAAUAUGAAGGAAAGCUCCGUCUCCUUGAGAUUGCUCAAGUCCCAAAGGAACAUAUAGAUGACUUUAAAGCCGUCAACAAGUUUAGGAUAUUUAACACCAACAAUCUCUGGAUGAAACUUGGAGCGAUUCACCGUUUGGUGAAAGAGAGAGCUCUAAGCAUGGAGAUAAUCAUCAAUCGAAAGACUCUUGAUAAUGGGGUGAAUGUCAUUCAGUUGGAGACUGCUGUCGGUGCAGCAAUAAAGUGCUUCGAAGGAGCAAUAGGUGUCAACGUGCCACGAAGUCGCUUCUUGCCUGUCAAAACGACAUCUGAUCUUUUCUUGGUCAUGUCGAAUCUUUAUGACAUGCACAGUGGCACACUCGCGAUGAGUCACAGAAGAAUAUUUCCAACAACGCCUCUUGUCAAGAUUACUGGCCGCCAUUUCAAAAAGGUGGCUGAUUUCCUGUUAAGAUUCGCCUCCAUUCCUAAUAUUCUGGAACUGGACCAUCUCACUGUCUCGGGUGAUGUUACCUUUGGAAGGAACAUUACUCUUAAGGGAACAGUAAUCAUUAUUGCAAACCAUGGAGACAGAAUCGAUAUUCCGUCUGGAGCUGUGCUGGAAAAUAAAAUUGUAUCUGGAAAUCUCCGAAUUUUGGAUCAUUAAUUUCUUGGUAAAUCAUUUGAACACAAUGACCGUUUCUAUUUGCUGAUCUUAGUUUUAAUUUUCAUAAUCUAGAAACUAGAACCUAGAUGCUAGCACCCUUAUCUAUCUGCUGUAUCAACCUUCUUGGUGAGCCAGAGUCCUGCCUGUUUCAUACAUCAUGUGGCUGCGUGAUUGGACAUCUUCAAACAAACUUCUUGUUUUUGUAUUUAGAAAGGAGGUUUUCAGAAGCCCGCAAACUACUGAUGUUUUUAUUUAAGUACCAAAAUAACACUAGCCACGCACCUCUUCCCUAAACGAAAAGUCUGUUGUUAUUGAAUUUUCGUUGUGCCUUCGCAUGUUGUCGUACCGGAUUGGUUGCUCAUACAGAUGUUUCCUAUGGCGAUCAUUCCCAUGUGUAUGCUAAUAAAUUCAUGUGAAGGUAAUUCUUACUAAGAAAAUUUCCGCUGGGCAGAUUUCCAUCAAUUAGAUAUUCAUACAGAUGAUUCCCAUGGCGAAAAUGCCCGUCCCCAUUAAAAAUGAUUUUCAUGAAGACAAUUCCCACUAACAAAAUCCCAGUUGGGUAGAUUCCCAUCAAAGGAAUACCCAUACAGAUGAUUCUCAUGAAGAUAAUUCCCAUUUGGAUUCCCAAAUAUAUAUUUUCCAUGAAGAGAUUUCCCAUCAAGAGAAUCCCUAAAAGAAUUUCCAACUAACAACAAACUUAUCAAUUCCACUGUUCUUAUGAUAAACAUUAUGCUGAAUUUAACAUUAAAAUUUUAAACCAUCACCCAGCUUUAUCCUAUUUAUUGAAUUCGUGAUCUUUCAGCAAACUGAAAAAUCUUUUCAUUUUGUCUUGAUAUCGAUCUGGAGCUUUGUAGUUAUUUUUUCCCGUCAUGCACUAUGCCUUACCAAAUUUAUACAUAGUUAACACAGUCUCAAGUAGAAUUAUUUGUAUGCAACAAAAUUAUAUAACACUCAAAUAGCUGCACCAGUGUCUUAAUGUAGCACAGAUAACGCAUUUGCUUUUGUGAUGAAUGAUUUUUGUAAUGACCUAUCAAUUAGCAAACAUUGCUGUUAUUUUAGAAAAAUCGUGCGUUACUCCA